AUGAUCGGCCCUGGCAUUCAGCGUAAAGAGGGUGUGCUGCGUUCGCUGGUGUAUCUACACGUGUCGAUCUCCGGUCAAGCUUUGAUCUUUGUGACACGAACGGCUGGCAGCAAUAAUUGGUGGUUGCUUCAGCAGUUGGCUGGAUCGGUUUCGGUGGCUAUCCGACCGACCGUAUUGCCGUGA